CAGAAAUAAAUGUCAAACCCUCGACAGCACAGUCCCCACCACCACUCAUUAGAGCGGGCACAUAGAUAUUCGGUUAGAGCUGACGGCCUCUGACGUGCGUUCUGCUUCUUUGGCUGAGCGCUUGAAGAGUAAGAUGGAGACUCUUUCUGUCGGGGUGCGUCUGAAGAGCUUUCCAUUCCUUCGGCGGUGAUCUUCGCAAUGGGUUUCGCGGGUGGGGCCUUCCCGGGCGGCUUCCGCGAGUAUAUGCAAGUGAAACGAAGGAAGCUGGAAAUACAAGGACAGGAGGUUGCCGUGGCAGGUUCCCAAUCCAAUGUCUUGCAAGGGAUCGUGAUUUACUUCAAUGGCUAUACUGGAACAAGUGAGUUAACGAUGAUCCAAUUGAAAGAGUUGGUUCUGGUGCAUGGCGCUCGCGUGCGGGAUAAACUAGAGCCCGAUGUCACACAUAUUGUGGCCACGCAAAUGACAGACUCCAAGAUAAAUCAGCUGAGGAAACCAGUCGUGACGCCAGCAUGGCUUUUGGAUUCGAUUCAGCAACAAAAGCUGCUCCCAUGGAUCCAAUAUCGAUUGUACAGUGGUCUCGCUCCAACACAGAAAACACUGGCGGAUUAUGCGACCACUUCAGAUCCUCCCCUUGAAAAGCCACCGGCAUCUUCCGAGGACGCCAACGAAGAAUUGGGCUUACACCUUCAGUUGUCGGACGGGGAAAGCAGUGAAGAGGAAGCGGCGAUACCUGAUUGGGCGGAAGGUUAUUUUGGGAAAGGGAGGCUACACGUGGACAUGAACAGCGAGUGGGUGAAAGCAAACGUCUCGACGGCACCAGGCUUUCUGCAAAAGUAUUUCAAUUCGUCACGGCUGCAUCAUUUGAGCACCUGGAAGAGCGAACUGCGUGACUUUGUCGCAGAUCAAGCGCGGUCAAAACGAAAGAAGGACCGACCUACCUCAGGGCCACGCACGAUAAUGCAUGUCGACAUGGACUGCUUCUUCGCCUCUAUAUCCAUCAGAGACAGACCGGAAUUGCGCAAUGUACCUGUCGCCGUCGCUCACUCGCCGGGGACUUCCAACAAAUCCACUUCCGAGCUUGCAUCGUGCAAUUACGCUGCGCGAGAAUACGGGAUUCGCAAUGGGAUGUCGAUUGGCCGUGCUCGCGAGCUCUGCAAAGAUCUUCGCGUGGUACCUUACGAGUUUGACAAGUACGAUGCAGCCUCCAAGGCGCUUUAUGCCAUCUUGAUCGACACAGCGGAUGAGGUGCAGGCAGUGUCUGUUGAUGAGGCAUACAUAGAUGUCUCCUCGUUGAUGCCCAAAACCUCGGAUGGAAGCGAGAUCAAACUCGCUGAGGAUCUGAGAGCGCGCGUACUCGAUGCCACCGGAUGUCCUGCGAGCAUUGGCAUUGGACCCAACAUGCUACUUGCCCGGUUAGCGACAAAGAAGGCGAAGCCAAACGGCUCCUUUUUCGUGCCUCAAGAAGAUGUCGCGACGUUCAUGAGCGAGCUGCGUAUCAGGGACCUCCCAGGUGUUGGCUAUGCGUUGAGAACCAAAAUGGAAGCUAAGAAUAUCACAACGUGCCGAGAGCUUGCCCAACUGAGCUCGAGCGCACUCCAACGAGACUGCGGAGAGAAGAUCGGACAGACACUCUACAAUAACUGCCGCGGAAUUGACAAUCGGCCUCUCGAAAACAAGCCUCGGCAAAGCGUCGGUGCAGAGAUCAACUGGGGUAUGCGCUUCCAGAACUAUGAACAGGUUAACAAAUUCGUUCGCGAGUUGAGCGAAGAGGUCGUCAAACGCAUGCGCGCAGCGUCCGUCAAGGGCAAGCAUCUGACAUUGAAGCUCAAGAAGAAGCGAUAUCAAGGAGAACCGCAGAAGGUUCUCGGCUGCGGCGAUUGCGACAAUCUCAGCCGCUCUGUGAAGUUUGCUCAGUUCAUCGACGCUGUAGACAUCGUCAGCAAAGAAGGGAUUCGCAUGGUCCAUGAGCUCAAUGUGGGCGCCGACGAAAUCCGUGGCCUAGGGCUGCAUUUCUCCAGCUUGGAAGCAUAUGGCGACGCGUACACUAGCACCGACUUGAAAGGUCAGAGACGCCUAGAUUUCGGGCCUGCACCGGUCGCGGAUGCACAGUCGUCUGAGCGACAGGAGUCAACCAAAAAAGGUACACCGGCACCGAAGCGCUCGAACGACCUGCUUGCGCAGUUCGGAAUCAAACCUGGUGAAGUUGACUGGGACGUCUUGAUGGAGUUGCCUGAAGAUAUUCGAGCGGAACUUCUACCAUUGCUUGAAGAAAGGGCGAGCGCCGCGACGCCUACGAAGGCAACCGCACUAUACAUUGCGCAUCAAACACCGCCGAAGAACAACCCGCGGGUGGACAAAGCGAACGUCAAUUCAUUCCAUAUGCUUCCAACGGCAUCGCAAGUAGACCCUGAGGUGAUGCGGGCAUUACCAGAGUCCAUCCGGAAAGAGAUGGAAGCAGCCAUAUCGCGCGCGAAUGCAUCAGGACGCGCCGGGCCGAUUCAACGCCCGAACGCGAAACGUGGAACAAAAGGUCGCGGGGCAAAGUUUUCACCCACCAAAGGCCAGCUGCGAUUCGAUCAGAUGAUACCGGAAGUCCGUGACAACUCGACAGACCUGGCCAUGAAGGCGGACACGGUGCCCGAACCAUCGCCGCCUCCUACGUUGGGUGGACUUCAGGAUGUGGAAGCAAUCCGGGAAAUGCUGGGAGCCUGGGUGGAGCACUUCCGGAAUGGACCCGAACCGGAUGAUGUCCUGGCGUUGAAGACCUACUUUGAAACGCUUGUGGAAGAUCUGGAGCUGGAGAAAGUUGAUGCGCUUUUGUCGUGGUUGGGUUCCAAAAUCAGGGCCGGAAAGCGCAGUGACAAGGGAAAGGGUAACGGAGCGUGGGCCGAAGCAAGCGAGGAACUGAUGGAUUCCGUCAAAAAUGCCGUAAAAGCAAGAUACGGCUGCGACCUGAAAUCCGCAACUGUCGACAAAAACGGUACCCACAACUAUGUAUAAAGAAGCAAACC